AUGAAGCCCACGAAGAAGGGACACAAUCUCCUUCAGAAUCUUCCAGCACUUCUACCUCAGAGCAAGGCGAGUCAAAGCGAUUCGGCCCGGUCCAACGUUCCUGGUCGCAGAAAGGACUGGGUGUUGCCUUUGCCGUUUGACCCCCCGAGCGCUGCAGACAUCCACUCAUUGCAUGAUCUACUCCGAGUGACGCUGCCAGAGAAUCCUCCAUCAUACCGUGACGGUGCCCUGACGGGAAUGAAAACAGUGACAGAACAUGAGUUCGCAAUCAGUGCCGAAGCUCCUCUCAAGAAAGUGGUGAAUGUACCAGACCUGGUCACACAGCUUCGCGAUCAAGCUGAGAAGCAACUCAGCAAUCUCAAAAUUGACAUGGACACACUGAAUCCAGACUUAUUGUCUGUUUGCCAGAUGCAUCCUUACCUCACUGCAAGGAACCUACCCCAAAAAAUCCACAGCGAAAAAGACACUGAAGACUGGUGCAAUGCCGUUCUAUUCAGACCGGCGCUCGCUGCCUUACGCUGUGUCAUUGCAAAGAAGAUCAUCCACAACUUUGAAUUCAAAUAUCCUUACAUAUCGUCAGCACCAGGUCGUAAAGUUAUUCCAGACGGAAUCCUCGUCAGGAAGAAUACCUUAUUCCAUCAAGAGUCGGAUUCAGAUUUCUGGUACAUAAAAGACGGAAAGGUCAUCCUCACGAUUGAGGUCAAGACGCAGCCUGCGUGGGAGAAGAUGCGUUUCGAAAAGCUUCAGGCUCUUCCUGUCCAUUUUGAGAAAGGAACUGCUAUGCGUUUCGUUUGGCCGACGAGGGAAGACAAACCGGACGAGCAAACACGAUUGCUUGUACAGCUACGACUUUCGUUUAGCUCGGCCGUCGAUAACACCUUACUCGUUUUCCUACUUACAGGCGUGGACACAUAUAGUGAAGUCAGUGCACGGCAUCGAGAUCCUUUCGACUCUACACUUGACUACAUUCCUGUUGCGAGGGCGAAACGAAGAUAA